AUGAUGGCCGACCCGUCGUCAUGCUUUGAACAUUUUCAGCAAGCAUUAGUUCCAGCUGGCUCAAGACUCGUUCAGGAAGAAGUUAGACGCCAACAAGCCGAGGAACAAAGGGCAUUCCAAGUUCAACAUGGGGAAAAGUACAUUCAGCUGAAGACCUACACUGACCAGCUUGAAGCAGAGCUUCGAGAGACAAAGUCGAAGAUGCAAGCUCUGAAGGGCUCGAACGACGAGCUCCGCGAGGCGUACAAGGAGAAGUCACGAAAAUGCCGGAAUUGGGAGAAAAUGUGCAAGACGCUCAAAUCCCAAUCGGGUUCUCGGCAAUUUCCAUCACCUACUCGCUCUACGAUGGGCAUGCUGCAUCAGGAAGGCGGUCCACUUGUCUCGCAAGCCAGCCAGUUUAGCCGCCCUUCGAUGAGGCCGACGGCCAGACCUUACGCAGGCGACGCACCUAGCUCGUCGAUGCGAAAUCCGAUGGGGAAUAUGGGAAUAUCGGAAGCGCCACGCGCUAUUCAGAGACCGAAUGUUGGCAUGUUCGACCACUUCGCUAGACCCCAGAUUGGCGGACCGUUACGCGCUCCCGUCCAGCCACUAGGGGGAUCAAGAACUCGGAUCGUGCGCCCAAAAACGCCGCUGCAGGCUUCGCAGCGAGCAAGUUUUAUCUCUAAAAGGCCAACUUUUCGAAUGUAA